CGGCGAUCCACGCGGACAUCUUUCGGACCUUGAGAGCCUGGGGAGAAGAGACUGCAGCCGCGUGGAUGGCGCUCCUAGCUUGUCGAGGAGACACGGCCGUGACAUCUCACGACAUCGAUCUGCAGCUCCGCUCUUCCACCACGCCCAAAGGAGAAGGGACUGAAGUCCCGAAUGAUGAGGUGGAGCUACUGAUCUUGCAAGCCUGGCGCACGAAAACGGAGGGAGAGCUGCUGGGCAUAAUAUUUGGCAAGGUGGAGAAAGGGAAUCUCGCCCUCAUCACAAGCGAGCUAUUGGUGUUUUUGGUGCAGCUAGUGGACGAUAUACCCCUCAAUUGCCUAUCACGGUGUGACAGCAAGCCCGACCCUGACGUACUCCCCCGCACGCUUGCGCCUCAUCUGUUGUGGUCCACGUGCAUGGAGCUGGACGCGGACAACUGUCUUUAUCCGUCCCAGGACCUCUACCUGGAAAUCGACGUCACCGAUCUCGUGCUUUGGGACUCCGUCGUCCGGCGAGCGAAUGCGCGGGUCAUCGACAAAGAAGAAGAAGAAGAAGAAGAAGAAGAAGAAGAGGAGGAAGAAUCGGGCACGGAUCCGGAUGAUCUAGGCUACGUCGGAGAAGAGGAGACCGAGGGAGAAGUAAAGAGAGAAGAAGAAGAAGAAGAACCGACGGAGGAAGAGAGCGGGCGAGGGGAACCAAGCAAUCGGCCCAGGCGAAGUAAAGAAGAAGAAGAGGCCGAGGCCCAGAGGCAACGAGAAAAGGUGGAAGGCAAGCGGUCGAUCGAAGAAGGGCCCCCGCCGGAGCUGUUGUUGGGAGACCAGUCGCUCAACCCGGAGCCGCCACGCGAGGAGCACGAAGACGAUGGAGCCGCCGCCGAGGGAUCGGGAAGCCGCCACCGCAAGAGGAGUGAAUCGUCGGCCCCAUCCCUUUCCCCACCCCGCCCUACCCUUCGCCUUCGUAGAGAUGCGGGCGAUCGGGCUUCGUUCCCGGUCAUUAUCCCGUCGUCCCUAUGAUUACAUGAUGACCCGCCAACUCCUAGGUUGACCCCCUUUCCCCGCUUGAUGUUGUCCUUUCCCGCCCGCCCUCUUCCAUCA